AUGGGUUCCUUCUUCUACGAAGUGAGAUUCCUGAGUGGUGGAGGUGGGCCUAUUGGAUAUCUCCUCUCACCUAUGAUUUCAACGGUCAAUGAAAUGUUUGCUCCAGGAUGGAUGAAUAAAAUGGCUUUCGACAAUAGGACAAGGCUGGGAACCAUGGUGCUUCGUAAUUGGGAUGUCUACCAUAACAGAAACUGGUACUGGAUUGGGGUUGGAGCCUUGCUUGGUUUCACAGUACUCUUCAACCUUCUUUUCACUCUUGUACUUACCUAUCUCAACCCUCUUGGGAAGAAGGCAGGUUUACUUCCAGAAGAAGAAAGUGAAGACUCGUAG